AUGAGGAGAGGGAAGGAGGAAGACGAUGAAGUUGAACAGUUACUUCAAGCCGCACAAGACGAGAUGAUUCUCAAACUCUCCGUAGAUUCUCAUGCAUCACGCUCCAAACCUGAUUACCUAGAUCCGGAUCUUCACUCUAGAUUCCUCGCCCUCAGAUCUAAACCUUCGCAGCAAAAGAAGAAGACGGAGACGAAUGAUCAGAAACGGAUGCCGAUUUCUCCGCCGAAAUCGAAGGAUGUUGUGGAGACGCCAGACGAUCUCAUGCUCAGAUUCGCUGCUCUGAAGACUACUCUUCCCUCCUCCUCCUCCGCGGUCUCCUCUGUUCUUCCUCCGGGUGAAAUCGGAGAAGAUGAUGAAGUUGAGAAGCUGAUACAGUGGGCGAUAGACGCUGCUCGUCUCGAUCCUUCUCCUCCUUCUGAUGAUGAUGAUGAUGACGAGCGGUAUUCUGAUAACGAUGAUGAAAACGGUUCAACGAGAAAUGUGAAACCCUAA